CUACUCGACAUCGAUCACUGCGCGAUCUCUUUCUCUCUCCAAUUUCUUUUCCUCUCGGAUCGGUCGGACGGGCAAAGGGAAGAAGAAGAAGAAGACGAAGAGGAAAAAGCUCUGACUAUGUCGCUCUCCGAUUCCGAUUCGUCCUCCUAUGGCGGCGAUUACAAGAACUUCAAGCAAAUCAGUCGUGAUCGAUUGUUACAUGAAAUGAUCCAGCGAGCCAAGACAGGAGACUCAAAAACUACUUGGAAGGUACUUAUCAUGGACAAACUCACUGUGAAAAUAAUGUCUUACUCGUGCAAGAUGGCUGAUGUUACCGAAGAAGGCGUUUCAUUGGUAGAAGAUAUGUACAAGAGAAGGCAACCAUUACCCUCUAUGGAUGCUAUCUACUUCAUCCAGCCAACUAAAGAGAACAUCAUCUUGUUCCUGUCAGACAUGUCUGGAAGAGCACCUUUAUACAGGAAGGCCUUUGUUUUUUUCAGUUCACCUGUUCCAAAAGAAUUUAUUGCUCACAUUAAGAAAGAUGGAACAGUAUUGCCUCGCAUAGGUGCAUUGAUAGAGAUGAAUCUGGAGUAUUUUGCUAUAGACAGCCAGGGUUUUAUUACCAACAAUGAGAGGGCCUUAGAGGAACUGUUUGGUGAUGAGGAGGAUACACGCAAAGGUGUUGCAUGUCUGAAUGUGAUGGCAACUCGCUUGGCUACAGUUUUUGCUUCUUUGAGGGAAUUUCCAUAUGUUCGGUAUCGAGCUGCCAAGUCCCUUGAUGCAACCACGAUGACAACGUUUCAUGAUUUAAUUCCUACGAAGCUUGCUGCUGGAGUGUGGGAUUGUCUUAUGAAAUAUAAGAAAACAGUAAAAAAUUUUCCAGAGACAGAAACAUGCGAGUUGCUAAUCCUUGACAGAUCUGUAGAUCAGAUUGCUCCUGUCAUACAUGAGUGGACAUAUGAUGCUAUGUGCCACGACUUACUAAAUAUGGAAGGCAAUAAAUAUGUACACGAAGUUCCUAGCAAAACUGGAGGUCCACCUGAGAAGAAAGAGGUUCUUCUAGAAGAUCAUGAUCCUGUCUGGCUUGAACUUCGACAUGCACAUAUUGCAGAUGCUAGUGAACGAUUGCAUGAGAAAAUGACCAACUUCAUAUCAAAGAAUAAGGCUGCACAAAUCCAGCACGGUUCAAGAAAUGGUGGUGAACUGUCUACUCGGGAUUUGCAAAAGAUGGUUCAAGCAUUGCCACAAUAUAGUGAACAAAUUGACAAGCUCUCCCUUCAUGUAGAGAUUGCAGGGAAGAUAAACAGAAUUAUCAGGGAACAGGGGCUUAGAGAACUUGGGCAGUUGGAGCAGGAUCUCGUUUUUGGAGAUGCAGGAAUGAAAGAUGUAAUCAAAUAUUUGACUACAAAAGAUGACACAACUCGUGAAAAUAAGUUGCGCUUGUUGAUGAUUCUUGCUGCCAUUUAUCCUGAAAAAUUCGAGGGUGAGAAGGGUGCCAAUUUGAUGAAGUUGGCAAAAUUACCAGCUGAUGAUAUGAACGCUGUGAAUAAUUUGAAGCUCCUUGGUGGAUCAUCAGAUACCAAAAAGAGCUCAAUGAGUCCCUUCUCUCUGAAGUUUGAUAUGCAUAAGAAGAAACGAUCGGUUCGUAAAGACCGCACUGGUGAAGAAGAAACAUGGCAGCUUUCACGUUUUUAUCCCAUAAUAGAGGAGCUAAUCGAAAAACUCAACAAAGGUGAACUGUCAAAAGAAGAUUAUCAUUGCUUAAAUGACCCAAGUCCAACUUUCCAUGGGACAUCCCAUGGCCCCUCGUCAUAUCAACCCCCAGUUGCUCAUUCAAUGAGAUCAAAACGAACACCAACGUGGGCUCGGCCGAGGAACUCUGAUGAUGGGUAUUCAAGUGAUUCAGUACUAAGACAUGCAUCAAGUGAUUUCAAGAAGAUGGGGCAACGAAUUUUUGUAUUUAUAGUUGGUGGAGCUACUAGAUCAGAGCUUAGGGUUUGCCACAAGCUUACAAAUAAACUGAAGAGGGAAAUUAUUCUAGGCUCCUCAAGCCUUGAUGACCCUCCACAAUUUAUAACGAAACUUAAGUUGCUAACGGCAAAUGAACUCUCAUUAGAUGAUCUACAAAUUUGAAGAUGACCGGCUUUGAAAGACUCGAAAGAGUACUCUCUGUUGUCUAGUCCAAUUUGUAAUCAUAGAAACAUAUCAGUUCAUUACAUUAAAUUUAUUUAGCGCAAAACUCGGAAUUUUUGCUCAAAGAUUCUGUCACUGGUGUAAUUCUAAAUGAGCAUCCUGGCCGUCUGAGUUUCCUGGGCUCUGUAUUAUAUUGACAUGCGCCAAAUUGGUGGGUGUGUAUAACCAUCGAAAGUGUGUAUAAUGUUGACUUUCACUGAUUCAAAAGACCAUUUAUAAUAACCUGGUGGUUUCUACUGUA